CAGGGGUGGGACAUUCCGGGAAACGGCGGGGCAGCGAGGAGCAGGGAUGGCGCGGGAGGCUCUGGUGCUCAGCCUGCUGGCGCUGCUGGCGCUGCUCGGCCAGGAGGCGGCCGGCGAGGCGCCGAAGGUCGAAGUCUACGCCCGUUCACGCGCCGAGGAGGGAAAGGAGAAUAUUCUCCACUGCUUCGUCACUGGCUUUCACCCACCCAAGAUUGACAUCGAACUGCUCAAGAACGACAAGCCCAUUCCCGACGUCAAGUACGGAGACUUGUCCUUCGACGAGAAGUGGCAGUUCCAGCGCCUGGUCUAUGUGCCCUUCGUCCCCACAAGGGGUGACACCUUCAGUUGCAGGGUGGCGCAUUCUACCAUGGCGGAGCCACGCAUUUACCGAUGGGAACCAGACUUCUGAGCUGUGUCUGGGAUAAUUCAUGAUCUAAGAAAUUCUUCUUGCAAGUCAAAGUCUUCUCAAGCUUGUAUCCAUUCUUCAUCAUAUCCACAAGAGUGAUCAACUGCCUUUCAGAAAUUUGCUAAUAAGCCUUGUUAAAAAUAUCACUUAGCCACAGCAUCAAGGAAUUGCUGCAGAUUUUUUGAGCAUGUAGCUAAAAAUGAAAUUACUGCUUAAAAAACAAUGGUAGCUCUUCACUGCUCCAAAUUUUUCAGGAUGUUUAUACCUUAAUAAACUGCUAGUCCUUAAAAUGUGUCUUCAGAGUAAUCUGACAGCCCAAACUGAUUUCACAGGCUGUAAGGGCCACUGGGUUGUGGGUGGGUAUGUAGCCCUGGUGGCAUUAUGAUCAGUUGUGCUUUUUUUUUUCCUACUGAGAAGAUGUAGGACCAUUUUUCCAUCAAUAAAAAAAAGAUUUUCUUUUU